CUCCCAGCUCUCAUCAGCCUCCCGCUGGCCGUCUCCUUAACACCAAACACUGUGCCUUCAAUUAAGUUGCAGAGUUCUGAUGGAGAGAUAUUUGAAGUUGAUGUGGAGAUUGCCAAACAAUCUGUGACUAUCAAGACCAUGUUGGAAGAUUUGGGAAUGGAUGAUGAAGGAGAUGACCCAGUUCCUCUACCAAAUGUGAAUGCAGCAGUAGUAAAAAAGGUCAUUCAGUGGUACACCCACCACAAGGAUGACCCUCCUCCCCCUGAAGAUGAUGAGAACAAAGAAAAGCAAACAGACGAUAUCCCUGUUUGGGACCAAGAAUUCCUGAAAGUUGCCCAAGGAACACUUUUUGAACUCAUUCUGGCUGCAAACUACUUAGACAUCAAAGGUUUGCUUGAUGUUACAUGCAAGACUAUUGCCAAUAUGAUCAAGGGGAGAACUCCUGAGGAGAUUCGCAGGACCUUCAAUACCAAAAAUGACUUUACUGAAGAGGAGGAAGCCCAGGUGCGCAAAGAGAACCAGUGGUGUGAAGAGAAGUGAAAUGUUGUGCCUGACACUGCAACACUGUAAGGAUUGUUCCAAAUACUAGUUGCACUGCUCUGUUUAUAAUUGUUAAUAUUAGACAAACAGUAGACAAAUGCAGUGGCAAGUCAAUUGUAUUAGCAGAAUAUUGUCCUCAUUGCAUGUGCAGUUUGAGUACAGAUUCCAAACCUAUGGCUGAGUUUCUUCUAGUAUGAUCAAAAGUUUCUUUUUUCUUUGCUCUGAAUAAAACUGAACUGUGGGUUCUCUAUAAGUGGCAUUUUGGGCUUUCCCUCUUUUUUGUAAAGUAAUGUCUGCCUAGUUUAUUGUCCAGUUAACUUUAGUGACCUUUUAAAAGUUGGCGUUGUAAAUAAAACAACUUGCAAAAAAGUUUUCUGGAAUAGAAUUAACAAAAUAUUAUCUUUAUUCAUGAGUUGGAAACUGGAAAAAGGCUUCUUGAAGUAAAUGUUCUGAGUGGAGUUACUAGGAUGUCUUCCAGCCUCCUGCAGUCAAGGAGUACCACAGUAAUGAUUAGCCUGUAUGUAGCAGGGCUCCCUUCAUUGCAUCUGAGGACUUGUUUUCUUUUUCUUUAAUUUUAUUUUUAACCCUCUUAGUUUUAAAUAUAUUGCCUAGAGACUCAGUUACUACCCAGUUUGUGGUUUUUUGGGAGAAAUGUAACUGGACAGUUUGUUAGCUUUUCAAUUAAAAAGACACUUAACCCA